AUGACGUCGCUUCAAGCACCAGUUGUUUGCCCUAAUGUUCGUCUCAGACAAUUGUGUGUCAACUGCUCUGUUUCGAAACCUAGGUUACUCGUCAGAAACCAAUUCUUGGGUAAUCAGACCAGAAAUGUCAAGUCCGAGGUUGCUAAAACAGUCACUCGUCGGAGGUGUAAGAGUAUACAAUGUCUUUUCAACUCUCAUUCUGAUGGUACCGGAAGCACCGCAGAGGAUUUCAACGAGAAUGAUGAAGAUUAUGUCAAUUCUAGUGUGUUGGAAACUGUUGAGGUCAGAAGUGGAGCAGAUGGUUUCAUGGUCAAGAUGAGAGAUGGGAGGCAACUUGGAUGUGUACAUAACAAUCCUCAAGGAGGGCAUCUUCCAAAUUAUGCUCCACACUCUGCAAUUGUGCUGAAAAUGGAAGAUGGAACCGGUCUUCUUCUUCCCAUUAUCGUCUUGGAGAUGCCUAGUGUGUUGCUUAUGGCAGCGAUGACAAAUAUUCAAAUAGCAAGACCCACUAUGUAUCAAGUGGUGAAGGAGAUGGUAGACAAAAAUGGGUUACGAGGCAAGCCUUACGAUGGUGCUUUGACUAGUUACUGGUUUGACCAUUGGCUUGACAUUGGUCCCCUCAUAGAUCUUGUUGGCCCUGACGGUCCCCGUCUUCUUGGUAUUCAGGAAUCUACCACAGUAGCUGCGGCUUGCUCAUUAUCAGGUUGGAGACUUCCUUCCCACAGAAAUCGGAAUUCAGCUCUUGCCUUGCUGCGGGACUGGUCAGAUCUACUGAGGUGGCUGUCAAAUCCUUCUCCGAAACCAAUUGCUACUCUACGUUGCCUUGUAUCUCAGGUCACGGUUUUCUACCUGUGGAAAGAAAGAAACUCUUGUUUGCAUGAUGGAGCAGCCUUAUCAACUCAAGUGGUGGGUAAUAAGUCGGAUUGUAUGAGCUUCGACCUUCGUCCUUCAGAUGCAAUUAAUAUAGCUGUCAGAUGCAAGGUACCUAUCCAAGUUAAUAAAUAUCUAGCUUAUAGUGAUGGAAUGAGAGUCAUUGAAUCCGGAAAGCUAUCAAAGCAGACACCUACUUCAGAUGGUUUAUUGUUUACUGAACUAGACCGUCCAAAUGGUCAGCCUUGUCUUGAUACAAAAGAGUUCGAUCUCUUGAGCAACAUGAUGCAAGCUGUUAAUGAAGAACGGUAUGAUGAAGCCGCUGAGUGGAGAGACAAGCUUGGCCAGUUUCGGGCAAAACGCAAAUUAAGGAAAUACACAUGA